AAGGGCACCUCAGCACACAGGGCUCAGAAUCAUCUCAUCCUUAGAUGUGCUGAGACUAAAUAAGACUAAAAGUUUUCUGGAGGUUAUCACGCAUAGCACUUAAAAUGAAAUUUGGAGUAUUUCAGACCCAUGGAUCCUCGUGGACCAGCUUCAUCUUUUCUUCCUUGAUGCUGUGCAUGUGGACUAGUGUAGAGAGCUGGUCCUACUACUACUCUGACAAAAAGAUGGUUUGGGAUGAAGCUAGAGACUGGUGCCGGGAGAACUACACAGACAUGGUGGCCAUCCAGAACAAGGGGGAGAUCAGGCAUCUCAUUAAAUGGCUGCCCAAGAAAGACACCUACUACUGGAUUGGGAUCCGCAAGAUCAAUGACACCUGGACAUGGGUCGGGACCAACAAGGCUCUGACAGUAGAAGCAACCAACUGGGCAAGGGGUGAACCAAACAACCAAAACAAACAUUUAAAAGGAGGUGCUGGUGAGGAUUGUGUGGAGAUGUACAUCCAAAACCGAUAUGCAGGAAGAUGGAACGAUGAGAGGUGCACAAAGCUGAAGUAUGCUCUGUGCUACACAGCUGCUUGUAAGAAUGACUCAUGCCACCACGGAGAAUGUGUGGAGACCAUCAACAGCCACAAGUGUGAUUGUUUUACUGGCUUCUACGGAGAAAAGUGUGAGCAAGUUGUUAAGUGCAACAAAGAAGAGGUGACCACCCCAGAUAAGGGGAGUGUAAACUGCACUCAUAAGUAUGGUGACUUCUCCUAUGACUCCUCAUGUCAGUAUUCCUGUGAGGAAGGAUACCAGCUGAAUAUGUCAAGACCCCUGACAUGCACUGGCACCGCAAAGUGGUCAGAGCAGCCUCCUACAUGUGAACCGGUUCAGUGUCAGGAGCUGUCUCGUCCAGAAAGAGGAUCCAUAAAGUGCUCCGAUCCCCUUGGCCCGUCCAGCUACCAGUCCACCUGUGAGUUCACCUGCAAUGAAGGCUAUGUUCUCAGUGGUUCCCCCUCUAACACUCUGCGAUGUGAAGCAUCGGGAAAUUGGAAUUCCUCAAAGCCGUUUUGUGAAGUGGUCCAGUGCCCUGCUCUCCAGGAGCUAGAGAAUGGCGUUGCCAGCUGUGGAGAUGAUGCAGACAUGAGGUUCAGCUACGGAAACACCUGUAGCUUCAGCUGUGCACCUGGCUACCAACUGGUGGGGCCGAGCAGGGUGACAUGCACAUCAGCAGCUGAGUGGAGUGAGAAGAUGCCUCGCUGUGAAGCAAUCACUUGCAAGGUUCCAGAGGGAGAUGCUCCCCUGAUCACCCAGUGCAGCCAGCCUUUGACUGAACUGCGGCCAGACUCCAAUUGCAGCUUCAGCUGUGAAGAAGGCUUUGAACUGCAGGGUGCGCAAAUCAUUCAGUGUUCUGAGGACGGACAGUGGAGCGAAGCCAUACCAACCUGCAAUGUGGUUCAGUGUCAGGAGCUGUCUCAUCCAGAAAGAGGAUCCAUAAAGUGCUCCAAUCCCCUUGGUCCGUCCAGCUACCAGUCCACCUGUGAGUUCACCUGCAAUGAAGGCUAUGUUCUCAGUGGUUCCCCCUCUAACACUCUGCGAUGUGAAGCAUCAGGAAAUUGGAAUUCCUCAAAGCCGUUUUGUGAAGUGGUCCAGUGCCCUGCUCUCCAGGAGCUAGAGAAUGGUGUUGCCAGCUGUGGAGAUGAUGCAGACAUGAGGUUCAGCUACGGAAACACCUGUAGCUUCAGCUGUGCACCUGGCUACCAACUGGUGGGGCCGAGCAGGGUGACAUGCACAUCAGCAGCUGAGUGGAGUGAGAAGAUGCCUCGCUGUGAAGCAAUCACUUGCAAGGUUCCAGAGGGAGAUGCUCCCCUGAUCACCCAGUGCAGCCAGCCUUUGACUGAACUGCGGCCAGACUCCAAUUGCAGCUUCAGCUGUGAAGAAGGCUUUGAACUGCAGGGUGCGAAAAUCAUUCAGUGUUCUGAGGACGGACAGUGGAGCGAAGCCAUACCUACCUGCAAUGUAUUAGGAUGUCCUGCUCCCGAGAUUCCAACAAGUGCCAAGAUCAACUGCAGGCCCUCCCCAUCUUCACCUGCCUCUACUGUGACCCCACAUCCACUUGGUAUGGUCUGCAGUUUUACAUGUGAUGAAGGCCAUGAGCUGCAAGGUGCUCUCAGUAUGGAGUGUGUAAAUCCAGGCCAGUGGAGCUCCGUACCACCAACCUGCACAGCACUGAGAUGUCCGUUGCUGAAGGCUCCUGAAAACGGUCAGAUCAACUGCUCAAACAGUGAACCAGUGUACAACUCACAGUGCUACUUCACAUGCAAUCAAGGCUACUCAUUAGAUGGACAUGAGCUGCUGACCUGUGAUACUUAUGGCAAUUGGACUGGAAAGAAUCCCACCUGCCAAGCUCCAGCUCCUGUUACUGCCAUUGCUUCUGCUGUGACAGCAGGGGGCGCCCUCUCAUUAAGUGGUGUGCCUUUGGCCAUAUGGUUACUGAAACGAAUGAAGCAGAAAGCCAACAAGUUUGAGCUGAGUAGCAACUCUGACAUAACGGCCCCUCAAGAGUUCUUCAAAAACAGCUCAGCAAAGCAGAGUAAAUGCAUCAACACAAAGGAGAAACUGAGGAUAGAUCGAAUGAUGUUUGAAGAAUCUUUUGAUACUAGACAAAGCCUGCAUCGCAGGGUGAUUAUAGCUGCAUUCAUUUUAUUUGUCCAAGACCUGAGCAGCAGAGGAGGAGCACAAGCAUGGACCUACAGCUACAGCACCAGUCCAAAAAGAUGGCAUGAAGCCAAAAAGUUGUGCCAGGACCGCUCUGCAGAGAUGGUGGUCAUCCAGAACCAGGAGGAGACUGUUUUCCUCAACAAUCUGCUGCCAUUUAACCAAAGAUAUUACUGGAUAGGCAUUCGCAAACAAGGUGAAGACUGGAUCUGGGAUCGAACUAAUGAGAAGGUGCCUGAAGAGGCUCAGAAUUGGGCAUUAAAUGAGCCAGAUGAUGGAGCUGGUCAGGACUGUGUGGAGAUUUAUAUUAAGAGGGCGGAUGACACGGAUAAGUGGAACAAUGAUAACUGUCGUAAGAGGAAGGGAACCAUCUGCUAUACUGCAUCUUGUAUGCAGGAUUCCUGCAGUGCUCAUGCAGACUGUGUGGAGACCAUUGGGAACUAUACCUGCCAGUGCUAUCCUGGUUUCCAAGGGUCGCGCUGUGAAGAGGCAAUCGCAUGCGAACCCUUGCUGGAUCCAGAACAAGGUUAUCACUACUGCCACGCUGACCCCUACGGGCCCAAUCAUUUCAACUCUUCCUGCCUUUUCAACUGUGAACUUGGCUUUCAAUUGGUAGGCGUACCUCAACUUCUAUGCCAAGCCAGCGGUCACUGGAACAACCCUGUUCCUCUGUGUCAAGCUGAACAGUGUCCAGUUCUGAAUCACACCAGCAUCAGUGCGGGUAGUAUGACCUGCACCCACCCCAUUGCACCGUACAGCUACAACUCCACCUGUGAGGUCAGAUGUGAUGAAGGCUAUGAGCCCAGUGGACAAGACCAAAUACGUUGCGACCACACAGGCCAGUGGACAGCCAGUGUACCAUCAUGCACAAUGCAAAAGUGCUCCCCCAUUUUGUUUCCUGUUACGGGCAACAUGAAAUGUGUGGACAUUCUGGAGCCUUUCUCCUUUGGCUCACGGUGUAACUUCACCUGUCAGGAAGGUUACUACCUGACUGGAGACAACACACUUACCUGUCUGGCCUCGAAACAAUGGAGCAAACCUACACCCACAUGCACAGUGGUGCAGUGCAACAGUUUAAAGGCUCCCCUCAAUGCCUCUAUUCAAUGCCAGGACCCUAUAGGAGUAUACAGUUAUGGCUCAAUAUGCACCGUGCAGUGUGAAGAAGGAUUUGAUCUGAUUGGCACAAACAGGACAAAAUGUUCCUCACAUGGCAACUGGACUCAUGCACUUCCUGUUUGCCAAGCUAAGAAGUGUGAUCCAUUAAAUCUUCCUCAUGGAUCCAUAUCCUGUUCUGACCCAAAUGGUUCCUUCAGUUUUGGUUCUCGGUGCACGGCAACCUGUGACAAAGGCUUUCUGUUGAAUGGGACAUCCAACACUGAGUGCAAUUCCCUGGGCAUAUGGAGUCCAGAUAUACCACAUUGCUUGGUUAAACGAUGUCACACUCUGAACCCUCCGUCUCAUGGCUCCUUGCUCUGUUCUAAUCCCCAUGAAGAGUUUAGUUUUGGUUCCUGGUGCAACAUAACAUGUGAUGACGGCUUUGUAUUGAAUGGGACUACUGACACAAAGUGCACCUCUGUGGGCACAUGGAGCACAGACAUGCCUUGUUGCUUAGCCAAGAGAUGUUCCACUCUGAGCUCUCCAUCUCAUGGCUCCUUAUCCUGCUCUCAUCCCAAUGAAGAGUUCAGUUUUGGUUCUCACUGCAAUGUAACAUGUGAGGAGGGUUUUGUCCUUGAUGGAACGGCAGACACAGAAUGCACUUCCUUGGGCAAGUGGAGUGCAGACAUGCCACAUUGCCUAGCUAUGAAAUGUCCCACUCUGAACUCUCCGUCUCAUGGCUCCUUAUCCUGCUCUCAUCCCCAUGAAAAGUUCAGUUUUGGUUCUCGGUGCACAUCAACCUGUGAGGAGGGUUUUGUCCUAAAUGGGACGGCAGACACUGAGUGCACCUCUCUGGGCACAUGGAGUCGAGAUGUACCACAUUGCUUGGCUAAACGAUGUCACACUCUGAACCCUCCGUCUCAUGGCUCCUUGCUCUGCUCUAAUCCCCAUGAAGAGUUUAGUUUUGGUUCCUGGUGCAACAUAACAUGUGAUGACGGCUUUGUAUUGAAUGGGACUACUGACACAAAGUGCACCUCUGUGGGCACAUGGAGCACAGACAUGCCUUGUUGCUUAGCCAAGAGAUGUUCCACUCUGAGCUCUCCAUCUCAUGGCUCCUUAUACUGCUCUCAUUCCAAUAAAGAGUUUAGUUUUGGUUCUCACUGCAAUGUAACAUGUGAGGAGGGUUUUGUCCUUGAUGGAACGGCAGACACAGAAUGCACUUCCUUGGGCAAGUGGAGUGCAGACAUGCCACAUUGCCUAGCUAUGAAAUGUCCCACUCUGAACUCUCCGUCUCAUGGCUCCUUAUCCUGCUCUCAUCCCCAUGAAAAGUUCAGUUUUGGUUCUCGGUGCACAUCAACCUGUGAGGAGGGUUUUGUCCUAAAUGGGACGGCAGACACUGAGUGCACCUCUCUGGGCACAUGGAGUCGAGAUGUACCACAUUGCUUGGCUAAACGAUGUCACACUCUGAACCCUCCGUCUCAUGGCUCCUUGCUCUGCUCUAAUCCCUAUGAAGAGUUUAGUUUUGGUUCCUGGUGCAACAUAACAUGUGAUGACGGCUUUGUAUUGAAUGGGACUACUGACACAGAGUGCACCUCUGUGGGCACAUGGAGCACAGACAUGCCUCGUUGCUUAGCCAAGAGAUGUUCCACUCUGAGCUCUCUGUCUCAUGGCUCCUUAUACUGCUCUCAUCCCAAUGAAAAGUUCAGUUUUGGUUCUCACUGCAAUGUAACAUGUGAGGAGGGUUUUGUCCUGGAUGGAACGGCAGACACAGAAUGCACUUCCUUGGGCAAGUGGAGUUCAGACAUGCCACAUUGCCUAGCUAUGAAAUGUCCCACUCUGAACUCUCCGUCUCAUGGCUCCUUAUCCUGCUCUCAUCCGCAUGAAAAGUUCAGUUUUGGUUCUCGGUGCACAUCAACCUGUAAGGAGGGUUUUGUCCUAAAUGGGACGGCAGACACUGAGUGCACCUCUCUGGGCACAUGGAGCAGAGAAAUACCCCACUGUCUGGCACGCCAAUGCCCCCUCCUGGUGAAGGCUCCACAACAUGGGAGGAUGAACUGCAUCCAUCCAUACUCCCAUUUCAGUUAUAGCUCCCACUGUGACUUUGAUUGUAAUGAGGGUUUCUGGCUGAGAGGAGCAUCAGUUAUCACAUGCAACAACUCAGGCCUCUGGAGUCAGGAACUACCUACCUGCCAGCCCGUACAGUGUGAGGCCAUUCGUGCCUUGCCCCUUCACCUGUCUCUGAACUGCUCCCAUCCUCUGGGUAACUUCACCUUUGGCUCCCAGUGUCUUUUUAUCUGUAAAGAGGGAUUCUCCCUGAAUGGCAAAGAGGCACUGUCCUGCUCCUCCACUGGGUUCUGGAGUCACAGUGUGCCUAACUGCACAGUAGAAGGUAUGCCGUUGGGGACUGCCAUGCUGAUGUAUACAGGUAUAGGAGCAGCUGCUGUUGCUGUGCCACUUGCCCUGAUAGGACUGGGUUUUUUGAUAAUGAUGCUAUUAAAGAAAAAAGGAAAAACAAUCAUAUCUGAUGCACCAGCAUGGGCAGAAAUGGAGAAUCCAGCGUUUGAAUUUUGAUUAUCUGAGACUUAAUUUUGCAGCAAAACAUUUCAUAUUCUAUGUAUAUUCUGCAACCGAUUAUUACAUGCAACUUAGUCGUAGUUAUUGUAUGAUACUGGUACCAAAUGAUUACAGUGGAAUUAGAGCUUCAACUGUGAUUUCAACUUCCAAUCAGAUUUUCAGAAUCCAAAUCAUGAUCCACAAUUCAGUUUAAUAGUUUGUGUGCAGCUGUGAUUUGUGUCCUGCUAUGUAUAUUUCUUAACUGUCAAUAAACUAUCAACAAUU